AUGUCUGCUACUUCACCAACUGUAUUCCUGCUUCGCGCGUCGACGUCAGAACCUGAUCGUUACGAGUCUGCUCUACGCGAAGCCUCAUUCGUGCCUCAGUCUCUUCCUGUUCUUGAGACUUCGAUACUGGUCACCGGGAUCAGUGAAAUUUUGAGGAGGGGUCCUGACGUGGAUGGGGUAAUCAUCACCAGUCAACGUUCUGCAGAAGCAUGGGGCCGAGCCGUUGAUGAGGUUCUGGCGGACGGCAGUCACGCUUCCCUCAAAAAGAACUGGAGCGAUACUCCCUUCUACACGGUCGGACCAUCUACAGCUGCAGUCCUCACAUCCCUCGUCGGACUCAACCCUUCCCCUGCUCGCGCAUCUUUAUGUCCAUCAGAUGUUCGCGGUUCAGAGAGCGGCACUUCAGAGAAGCUGGCUCACUAUGUUGUGUCUGAUCAAGAUGGGGGCGCUCAUUUGCUCUACCUCACUGGCGAUAAGAAUCGCGAUACGCUGGCCAAGAUUAUCGAAGAAGACGGCGGUGGCAGAAUAACAUUGUUGGAGAAACAGGUGUAUGAGACGCACGGCAUAGCACUCGAUACAUUCGAGAUCAACCUUGCCGCAAGAAUAGACGACAUAGUUGGUGCCCCUUGGAUCGUGUUCUUCGCCCCUUCGUCAGCCAAACAUGUUCUCCCCACACUCACCAAGCACUUCUACCUGACUCGCCAUGAUGAAGUCACAACGCUUGCCUUGGGCCUACCUCAAGCUCGAGUCGCCGCCAUAGGUCCCACGACAGCCGACUUCUUGCGCGGAGAAUGUGGUCUUGUAGUCGACGCUGUUCCCUCAAAGCCCUCGGCAGAAGCGCUAGCGCGAAGUCUGAGAGAGAGGUGUGGCUGA